AUGAAGAGCCUUUUUUUGUCUCUCUUACUUGUCUCUGUUCUGUUUAUGAACAGCUUCUCAGAAAUGCAGGGAAGGAAAUGGAAAGGUGAAGGUACAACGCAAAACCUGGAAGCUAUUGUCAUUGGAAGAUGCUAUGACUAUAUUAGAAUUCUGAAUCCUUCUGUUGGUGAGAAGAAUUGUUCAGAGAUAUGGGAAGCAUUUAAAAAUGCAUUUAUUAACAAGGAUCCUUGCAGCAUUCUACCUAAGGACUAUGAAUUAUUUAUCAACCUGUCAUUGCACACAAUUCCACCUAACAAGUCUCUCUUCUGGGAAAAUAAUGAGCUGCUAGUGAGUAGUUUUGCUGACAGAGGCCGUCGCUACAUGUCUGUGAGUUAUACUCUGUUUGGCUUCAUUGGAGAUCUUCUAAACUGGUGUGGGCAAGCAAACAGCAAUGGACUGGACUAUGAAUCCUGCCCUACCACGGAGGAAUGUGAAAACAAUGCGGUGGAAUCUUUCUGGAGGAUGGCCUCAGCCACUUAUGCACAGCACAGUUCUGGGGUGAUACAUGUCUUGCUGAAUGGUUCUGCAGUCAAAGGAGCUUAUCCAGACCCAGGAUUUUUUGCAGAUUAUGAAAUACCUAAUCUCCAGAAAGACAAAAUCUCACAAAUUGUCAUCUGGGUUGUGGAUGAUAUUGAAGGACCAGAUAGAGAGUCCUGUGGAAUUCAUACUGUAAAGAUACUAGAAAACAGGCUGAAAACCCUUGGUUAUGAUGUCACCUGCACUGACAAUUACAAGUCUGUAAUGUUCUUACUCUGCCUGGAUUAUCCUGACAAUUCUAAGUGUACCCUUCCAUCAUCUGCACCAGCAGCACAAAGAGGACCUGUAUCUUCAGACAGAGGAGGCAGCUGGAACAAGCUCAUGUUUGUUUCUUUUCUAAGCUUUUUGUUCAGAUUUGCUUUAGUGUACUAA